AUGAACCAUGCACUAGUGGCCUUCUUGGACCGCGAAUCCCGCCACCCGGGCACCCCAGACGCCACUCCUUGGAUUCCCCGCUGCGUUGACCCACCCCCUGCCGCUUUCCAGACUGCCUCCCUGCUAAGCUCGAGGUCCACUGCUGACCGGCCCAGUGUCCCUGCCCCCGGGGACCCCCACCGGGCCCUGAGCCCCGUGUCUGUCCGUCCACCCCCCACAGUCGCUUCUGCCCGCGAGCUCGCCGACGGGGGGAUGUCCAGGUUGGAGGAGACGCCGCGCCGGACCCGGGGACAAGUAGGUCCCCUGCAGGUCCUGGCUGGGGCCACGGCGCCGGCCUGCGAUACGGUGACCGGGACCAAGGACGGGAUCUACGCUGGGGUCAGUGGCGUGGUGGAUGCGGCCAAAGGGGCCGUCCGGCCUGGACGGGAUACCGCCCCUGGUGUAGUGACCAGCACUAGGGACGCUGCGUCCAGGGGAAGGGCCGUGCAGGGUAAAACCGACCCUGGGGGAGUGGUCAUCGCUGGCUCCAAAGACACGGUCUCCAGUGGCGUGAACGCCGUGAUGGACCUCCCCAAGGGGACCGUCCAAAGCGGACCGGGGGUAGCCCCCGGCACCAAGGAUACCGUGCCCAGGGGCGUGUCUGGUGCAGCCGAGGUGGCCAAAGAGGUCCUCCAGCGUGGCCUGGACACCAAUAGGGAAAUCACCGCAGGCACAAAAGACACAAUCUCUACCGGGUUCUCCGGAGCAGUGCAGUUAGCCAAGGAGGCUGUCCAGUGUGGACUGGAUGCCAGUCGAGUGGUCCUCGCUGGUUCCAAGGCCGUGGUCUCCAGCGGCACAGACACGGUAGUGGAUGUAGUCAAAGGGGCUGCCCAGUGUGGCCUAGAUACCACCCUGUGUGUAGUGACUGGUGCCAAGGACACUGUGUCCCGGGGUGUGGGCGGAGCGGUGGACGUGGCCAAAGAGGCCGCCCAGUGCAGCCUGGACACCAGUAGGGCUCUCGCCACUGGCGCCAAACAGGUCAUCGGUGUUGGGGUCAGCGGGGCCGUAGAUGUGGUCAAAGAGGUCGCCCAGUGUGGGCUGGACACAAGUAGAGUGGUCACUGCCGGGACUAAGGAUGUGGUCGCCAACGGGGUGGGCACGGUAGUGGACGUGGCCCAAGGGGCCAUCCAGUGCGGGCUGGACACCACCCUGUGUGUGGUGACGGGCACUAAGGACACGGUCUCCAAGGGCGUGGCUGCUACCGUGGAUGUCGGCAAGGAGACAAUCCAAUGUGGACUGGACACCGGCGUGGUGGUGACAGCCGGCAUGAAGGACAUCAUCUAUUCUGGGGUCACUGGCACAGUGGAUGUGGCCAAAGAGAUCAUCCAGUGCGGACUGGACACCAGCAGAGUGGUCACUGCUUGUACCCAGAACGUGAUCUCCACUGGCAAGGACACCAUACUCGACGUGGCCAAAGGAGCCAUCCAGUGCGGACUGGACAUCACCCUGUGUGCAGCGGCUGGCACCAAGGAGGCGGUUUCCAGGGGGGUAGUCGGUGCCGUGGAUGUAGCCAAAGAGGUCGUCCAAUGCGGCCUGGACACAGGUAGCGUGGUCACCGCCGGCACCAAGGAUGUGGUCUCCAGUGGCUUGGCCACCGUAGUGGAUGUGGCCAAAGGGGCUGUCCAGUGUGGACUGGACACUGGCAUGAUGGUCACCGGCUGUUCCGUGGAUGUGGUGUCCACCGGGGUGGGCGCGGCAGUGGAUGUGGCCAAAGGAGUCCUCCAGUGCGAGCUGGACACCAUUAAGUGCGUAGUGACCGGCACCGAGCACACAGUGUGCAGAGGCGUGGCCGGCGCCAUAGACGUGGCCAAAGGGACCAUCCAGUGUGGACUGGACACCAGCCGGGUGGUGACCGCUGGCACAAAAGACAUCGUCUGCGCCGGAGUCACCGGGGCAGUGGGGGUGGCCAAAGAGGCCAUCUCGUGCGGGCUGGACACCAGUCGAGCGGUCACUGCCGGCACCAAAAAGGUGGUCUCCAGCGGGGUGAGCACGGUAGUGGAUGUUGCCAAAGGGACCGUCCAGUGCGGACUGGACACCACCCUGUGUGUGGUGACGGGCACCAAGGACACCGUGUCCAGGGGUGUGGCCGGGGCCGUGGAUGUGGCCAAAGGGGCCGUCCAGUGUGGUCUGGACACCAACAGGGUGGUCACCACUGGCGCAAAACACGUGAUCAGCGUCGGGCUCACUGGGGCCAUGGCUGUGGCUAGGGAGGCCAUCCAGUGCGGGCUGGACACGAGUAGAGCGGUCACCGCUGAUGCCAAGGACGUAGCGCCCAGGGGGCCGGGCACGGUAGUGGAUCUGGCCAAAGGGACAGCCCAGUGCGGGCCGGACACCGGUUCAGAUCUCACUAAGGGUGCUAAGGAAGUGGUCUCUAGUGGCGUGAGCACUGUAGUGGACACUGCCAAAGGGGCUAUCCGGCGCGGACAGGACGCCACCCUGCGUGUAGCAACCGGGACCAGGGACACUGUAUCAAGGGGCGUGGCCAGCGCAGUGGACGUGGGCAGGAGGGCGAUCCAGGGUGGACUGGACACCAGCAGGGCAGUCACCGACGGUGCUCGGGAUGUCACCCGUUCCGGGGUCACCGGUGCAUUGGAUGGGGCCCAAGAGACCAUCCAGGGCAGAACGGAAACCGGGAGAGCGAGCACCGCCAGCACUAAAGACACGGUUUCCAGCGGUAUAGGCAUCGUGACGGACGUGGCUAAAGGGGCUGUCCAGUGCGGACUGGACGUCGCCCGGUGCGUAGCGGCCGGCACCAAGGAUGCGGUUUCCAGGGGGGUUGUUGGUGCUGCGGAUCUAGCCAAAGAGGCUGUGCUGUGUGGACUGGACACGAGCAGAGUGGUCGCCGCUGGCACCAAGGAUGUGGUCUCCAGUGGCUUGAGCACUGUAGUGGACGUGGCGAAAGAGGCUGCCCAGUGCGGACUAGAAGCCGGCAAGGUAGUCACCGGUGGGACCGUGGAUGUGGUGGCCGGUGGGGUGGGCACCGCUGUGGAUGUGGCCAAAGGAGCCCUCCAGUGCGGACUGGACACCACUAGGUGUGUGGUAAUUGGAACCAAGCACACGGUAGCCACAGGCAUAGCUGGUGCCGUGGAAAUGGCCAAGGAGACCGUCCAAUGCGGACUGGACACCAGCCGGGUGGUGACCACUGGCACGAGAGACACCACCUGCGCUGGAGUGGCCGGGGCAGUGGACGUGGCCAAAGAGGCCAUCUCAUGUGGGCUGGACACCAGUCGAACGGUCACCGCCGGCACGAGAAAGGUGGUCUCCAGCGGGGUGAGCACGGCAAUAGAUGUUGCCAAAGGGACCGUCCUGUGCGGACUGGACACCACCCUGUGUGUCGUGACGGGCACCAAGGACGCCGUGUCCAGGGGAGCGGCUGGGGCGGCCGAUGUGGCCAAAGGGGCCUUCCAGUGCGGCCUGGACACGAGCAGGGUGGUCGCCGCGGGGAGCAAAGACAUCAUCUGCACCGGGGUCACUGGUGUAGUGGACAUGGCCAAAGAGGCGGUCCAGUGUGGACUGGAAACCAAUAAAGUGGUCGCUGCCGGCGCUAAGGCUCUGGUCUCCAGUGGGGCGAGCACCAUAGUGGACAUCGCCAAAGGCGCCAUCCGGUGCGGACUGGACGCCACCCUAUGCGUAGUGACCGGCACCAAGGACACCGUAUCCAGGGGGGUGCCCGGCGCCACGGAUGUGGCCAGAGAGGCCGUCCAGUGUGGCCUGGACACCAGUCAAGUCGUCACCGCUGCCACUAAAGCCACUCUCGACCACGGACCGGGUUCCGAGCCCAGCGGGAGCAGCCAGGGCGCCAGCGGGGUCGACGAGGCCGCCGCCCCCGCCCCAGGCCGAGCGGAGGCGUCGGGAAACCUGGGGUCCCGUCCUCUGCCGCUGAGCACGGAGGAGCAAGCCCAGCUGACCGCCUGCAGCGAGGGAAUCAAGAUGCCGGCGGCGGACGGGAAGAGCUACUACUUCGUGCUUCUCGACUCCCUGCCCCUUCCCCUGCGCCAGCAGGCAUGUCGGCACACGCUGGCCCAACUGUGGGAGGCCCAGGACUGCGCCCAGGAAGCCCUGUCCUGGCUGGAGCCCACCCUGGAGCUGGUGCUCAGGGCCCUGCUGGGGCCGGAGGAGGAGCGGAUUCAGGGUUCUCAUCGCCAGCUGCAGCAGCUGUGGCUGGACUGGAGCCAUCGCCAAGGAAGGCGGACGGUGGCCAGAGCCACGGACCCAGAGCUACUACAGUCCCGGAUUCUGUCCAUGGCCCGCAGCCUGAGCCAGGAGCUCGAAGCCAUCUACGGGGCCCUGGGCCUGGGGCUCCAGGGCCUGGCCCUCGAGAUGCAGGGGCGGGCCCAGCGGGCCCAGCGGGCAGCUGGGGAGCUCCGAGGCAUCCUGGAGGCUGCCUACUCCUUUGAGGACCUGCCCGCCGAGUACCUCGACUCGAGCCUCGAGGGGCUGGGCCGGGCCGGGCAGGGGGUGGGGGUUCUGCUGGAGGCGCUGGGCCAGGGACCCCCGCCGGUCACCUGGCUGGUCGGGCCCUUCCCUGUCAGCAGGGAGCUCUGA